UUCUUCCAUCCUCAUCCCUCAAACACAGUCAUGGGAAACAAAACUACCCUUUUGCUUUUGCUCUUUGUUCUUUGCCAUGGAGUGGCCACAACAACAAUGGCCUUCCAUGAUGAUGAGGGUGGUGAUAAAAAGUCACCAAAAAGUUUGUUUUUGAUGAGCAACUCCACGAGGGUUUUCAAGACUGAUGCAGGGGAAAUGCGUGUGCUGAAAAGCCAUGGUGGUAGGAUAUUUUAUAGGCACAUGCACAUUGGCUUCAUCUCUAUGGAACCAAAGUCCUUGUUUGUUCCUCAGUACCUCGACUCCAAUCUCAUCAUAUUCAUCCGUAGAGGGGAAGCAAAGCUGGGAUUCAUAUAUGAUGAUGAACUAGCGGAAAGGAGAUUGAAGACAGGGGACUUGUACAUGAUUCCAUCUGGUUCAGCAUUCUAUUUGGUGAACAUAGGAGAAGGUCAGAGACUUCACGUUAUCUGCAGCAUUGACCCCUCUACAAGCUUGGGAUUAGAGACCUUCCAGUCCUUCUAUAUUGGGGGAGGAGCCAAUUCGCACUCGGUGCUUUCUGGAUUCGAACCUGCCAUCCUUGAAACUGCAUUUAAUGAAUCAAGAACGGUGGUAGAGGAAAUCUUCUCCAAGGAACUAGAUGGGCCAAUUAUGUUCGUGGAUGAUUCUCAUGCACCUAGCUUAUGGACUAAAUUCCUUCAACUGAAGAAGGAUGACAAAGAGCAACAGCUGAAGAAAAUGAUGCAAGACCAAGAGGAGGAUGAGGAGGAGAAGCAAACAAGUAGGUCAUGGAGGAAGCUCUUGGAAACCGUAUUUGGGAAGGUGAAUGAGAAGAUAGAGAACAAAGACACUGCUGGUUCCCCUGCCUCUUACAACCUCUACGAUGACAAAAAAGCCGAUUUCAAAAACGCUUAUGGUUGGAGCAAGGCACUGCAUGGAGGCGAGUAUCCUCCACUCAGCGAACCGGAUAUUGGAGUUUUACUUGUCAAACUCUCAGCGGGAUCCAUGUUGGCACCUCAUGUGAAUCCAAUAUCAGAUGAGUAUACCAUAGUGCUGAGUGGUUAUGGUGAACUGCAUAUAGGGUAUCCAAACGGAAGCAAAGCAAUGAAAACUAAAAUCAAACAAGGGGACGUGUUUGUUGUGCCAAGAUACUUCCCCUUCUGUCAAGUAGCAUCAAGGGAUGGACCCUUAGAGUUCUUUGGCUUCUCCACUUCUGCAAGGAAGAACAAGCCACAGUUUCUGGCUGGUGCUGCGUCCCUUCUAAGGACCUUGAUGGGGCCGGAGCUUUCGGCGGCGUUCGGAGUGAGCGAGGACACGUUGCGGCGCGCUGUUGAUGCUCAGCAUGAGGCUGUGAUACUGCCAUCAGCAUGGGCUGCACCACCGGAAAAUGCAGGGAAGCUGAAGAUGGAAGAAGAGCCAAAUGCUAUUAGAAGCUUUGCCAAUGAUGUGGUUAUGGAUGUUUUUUAAUUUGAACACUUGAUUUGGAAUAGGGGUUAUUUGGUAGUGCUAGUGCCUAGUGGAAUUCUGUGUUGAGUUUUUUGUUCUUUAUAUUUAGUUGAGAUGUGUGUUGUGUUCUUGAGUUGUGAAUAAAAAUCUACUUUCUUUGUGCAUUGAA